GGUUCCCCGCGACCGGAGCAUGCUCUUUCACAAGCACACGAACAARUGUAGUGAUAUGGAGAUAUGGAAUGCCGCCAGAAUUUCAUCAAGAUCUCACGUAUUACACAGGAAAACACCGAAAACUAAAACCAGUUUGGUAUGAAAGCAAAAAUUGUAAACAAAACAUAUUUAAGUUCGUACUUGUGGUGGCGGUAAAGAGGAGUGUCAGUUUUCCAAAAGAAAGUCAGAAGCAAAGUCAGGCAACAUUUACUGAGGCAAAUGCCAACUAGUUUUGUUUACUCAUUAUUUAAUACACUAUCAGCAGUGGCCGCAAAAAGAAAGUUUCGCUGCAUAGUAUUGCUUUACACGUCAAUGUCCAUGGAAUAGCAGUGCCCAUAACUGCAAUUUGCAACCAUACAGGCUCACAAAAACAUCAUUAGCAAAGUGCAAUUUAAAUUAUUAAGUGUUUUAAUUAGAUAAGGUGGGUCUACAGAUAAAAUUCAAUGAAAACGUCUUCAAAGUAAAGACAGCUUGAUUGUUGUUSUUUGGCAGUAAAUUAUUCAACGUAAACAAAAAUCGUUAUUAUAAAUUUCUGUUCCAAUAUUUUCAAAGGGGCCUAACUCAACAGUAUAUAAAAUAUAUGUAGCUCGUACAGAUUUUUACCUAAAUUAAAGUACAAAUUACGAAACGAAAUCCGUUAUACAACAUUGCAAACUCGAAUUCCUGRCAAUGACGACACAACUGGAUACCGCUAAAACAAAUACUAUUUCACCAACAGGCGGUGACGAUACUGAAGCUGAAACGUCUACUUUAUCUAUUGACAAUCCACGCUCAUCGCCAGAUUUUAAAAAAUACAUUAAGGAAAAAUGGAAAAUAAACAGCGCAUCGGAGCAAUUGAGCCAAAUAAUAUCCGGUGGCUUAGCUGCGGCUAUCACACGUAGCUUCUGUCAACCGUUGGACGUGCUAAAAAUACGCUUCCAAUUGCAAGUGGAACCACUGAAGGAGCACAUCAACCAACAAUCAAAAUACACAAGCAUAGCGCAAGCUAUACGCACAAUUUACCGCGAAGAAGGUGUACUCGCCUUCUGGAAGGGUCACAAUCCAGGCCAAGUUCUUAGCAUAAUUUAUGGUGUAUCGCAGUUUUGGACAUAUGAACAAUUGAGUAUGGCGGCCAAGCAAACGACUUACCUCAAGGAUCAUACCAAYACAUCGAAUUUUCUUUGUGGUGCCACGGCUGGUGCUACGGCGGUUAUAUUAUCAACGCCUAUGGAUGUAAUACGUACACGUCUUAUUGCGCAGGACAAGAGCAAAGGUUAUAAAAAUGCAACACGCGCCGUAUCCACAAUAAUACGUACGGAGGGUAUAUCUGGAAUUUAUCGCGGUUUAAAUACAGCACUAUUGCAAAUUGCACCAUUGAUGGGUGCCAACUUUAUGCUUUAUCGAAUUUUCAGUAAAUCAGCUAUGCAAUUCUAUAAUGUGGAAAACCGAAGCGAACUGCCCACAUGGGUGCUACUAGGUUUGGGCGGAUCAUCGGGCAUGCUCUCCAAAUCACUCGUUUAUCCCUUUGACUUAUUAAAAAAGAGACURCACAUACAGGGUUUUGAAUCGAAUCGUCAAACAUUCGGUGAAAACAUACGUGCUACUGGCAUUUUCAGUUGCUUGCGAAAAACUAUACAACAAGAGGGUCCAACAGGUUUGUACAAAGGAAUGGCUCCCACCUUAUUGAAAUCUACAGUGACGACAGCGUUAUAUUUCGCCAUUUACGAUAAACUCAGGCAGAUACGUUGGUUUUCUUAACUACACAUACAGAGGUUUAAGUUUAAAGCUUAAUAAUAUUAUAUUUAUUUCUUUAUAUCGCUUUAAGCGUCUGAGAGUAAUGUUAAAAAUGUUAAUUAACUUAAAAAAUUUGUUAUGAAUCGGACUUUCAUUAUUUUUAAGAUMUUAUUUUAUUGUAUGUAAAGUCAACAAUACCAUAUUUUUAAAAAUGAACAAACUUUCCAUUUUGUAUAGUACUUUAUAAGAAAGUAAAAAAWAAUAAUACAAAUAAUUAAAAUGAAACGUACAUAAAUCCGUUAUCGAUCAUAUGGUGUAAAAUACAAACUGAAACCAGAACAGCCUUAAUUUUUUUAAUGUACAAAAUUGCCGUAACAAAUAAAGCAUAGCGUAAACUGAAAGUUAAAUUAAA